UAUGCGAUUCUGAAUAGCAGAAAGCUUAUUUGAGCUUUUACUGUAUAUAGGUAUAUCAAACAUAUACGAGCGACAGUAAAAUUUUGACGUGACACGUUAUAAAAUCGGAGUCGACUACACAAUCACACGGCGGCUUUGUUUUAUUUGCAUAAAUAUUAGAUCACGCGUAUACGUAAACUUGUUUUUCUUUGUGCCUACUUACUUGCUAUUUGUUUGUUGAUCAGCUGAUCUGAUCAUCGGAUAACUUAUCACGUUCAAAAAACGAAAACUGUCAUAAAUAAUAUAAGCAAAUGUGUUUACACAGCAAAUUCUCUUGGUAGUUGUUAGUAUUCAGUUGUUUUUACUGUUCACCAAUUUUUGCUGUACGAUUUCUUAUUGAGACCCUUUGAGGGACGGAUCUCCCCCCAAAAAGUAAAUUAUAGUUACCAGCAUCAAACAUGAGGAGAAAACCAGGAGUAGGAGCAAUCCACAAACAAAAGUUUGAACAAGAGCGGUACAAAGAUAAGGGCACAGAACUGCAAGAAAAUCAAUUUGAACAGAUGACCAAACAAAUGGAAACGUUUCGAGUAAAUCUAGAAGAGUUUGCCUCGAAACACAAAAAUGAAAUUAAGAAGAAUGCACAGUUCAGGAGACAGUUUACAGAAAUGUGUGCAUUAAUCGGAGUUGAUCCUUUGGCAUCAGGGAAAGGUUUUUGGUCAGUUCUUGGCAUUGGAGACUUUUAUUACGAAAUCGCGGUUCAAAUUGUGGAAGUGUGUCUAGCAACAAAUUACAAAAACGGUGGCUUGAUUUCGUUGGAUGAACUGAGAGACAGACUAGUUCACGCUAGGGGAAGACGCAAAGAACAUCAAGAAAUAACGAACGAAGACUUACUGGCGUCUGCAAAAAAGUUGAAAAUUUUGGGCAAUGGAUUUUCCGUUGUACCCAUCAGUAAGGGCAAAUAUCUGGUUCAGUCGAUUCCAGGAGAAUUAAGCAUGGACCAUACGGCAGUCUUACAACAGACAAGCAAUGCAGGAAAUGCUUACAUUUCCAAAUCUUUACUACAAAAAGAAUUAAAGUGGGAAAGUGAGAGGGCUCAAAAAGCAUUGGAUCACAUGGUAAAGGAAGGACUAGCUUGGAUCGAUCAGCAGCCUGAAGAUGAACCAUUAUAUUGGUUUCCGAGUUUGUUUACUGCAUGUGUCGCUUCAAAAACUUGAAGAUGUACAACUCACAUUUGGUAAAUCACUUUAGUUUUUGAGUUUUUAAUUGAAAAAUAAU